AUGAGUACUUCCACCUCUUCAUCCCGCAAACAGCGCAUGGGUUGGGCAUCGUCGUCGUCGGGAAUUUAUCAUCAUUUGGAAGACAAUUCUAAUUUGAGCAUCAGUCCUUCCUCGACGGGGAGCAUGACUGGCAUCUCAUUGAAGAGUCCUACAAGCACUACUACUCCUAGUGCUGCUAGCAAGAGAGCCGGAGGAAUGAAACGAACGCAUCGAUUGCUGCGCAUGUUCAUUCUGCCCACAUUGGCCGUGUCGGUCGUGUACUUGCAAAUACACUCGUUGGGAUUUGUGGUCGGAGGGGAUUGGCAACAAGAACUCGAUCAUAUGGCUCUGUGGUCGCCCUCAACAUCGUCGUCAUCAACUACACAGUCCACAUCAUCACAGUCCACACAACACUCUACCAAAACACAUCAAAAAAGCAAACACCCGUUUGUUCACGGGACGACUCCGCUCCACAAAUUGGAAGAACAUCGAUUGCGACAUGUCUUUCAACACAGUCAACCAAAAACAAAAACAACACAACAAGCGCAAUCAGCCAUCAGUGAAUCGGAACGACGGCUCCAAUCCAAGACUGCCGCAGUCACUACUCUCGUACCAAACAAUAACAACGAAGAAGAUCCACAAGAACUACACGAACUAUUCAUGGCCCAAAAACAGAAACGACACAACAACAACAAGGACCAAACACACGAUCAAGUAGUGGCAGAAUUUCGACGUCAUGCACAUGAUGACAAUAAGGCCAUGCUCCUUAAUCAUUUUGAAAAAUAUCAACGACUCCAACAUCAUCAUCAUCGCGAUAACGACAGCAGUCUACUAGUCCAAACCAAGAAACAUUUGAACCGACAAGAAUAUGCCGUGCCAACCAAGCAACGACAACCAGAUGAUAGUGACGAGGAAGACAGUCCCAUUCCAGGAACCUCCAAGGCAGUCUAUGACCUGGUCAUGAAAAAGAGACAUCAGUUGGACCUACUACGCACACGCAACAAGGACCAAGGCAUUCGCAACAGGAUGGUCAAACACAACGAAGUCAAAGAUGAAUCAUUGGAGGAUGAUGACGAAUUGGCGGACGAAGAGGAGGCAGACAACAAUAAUAGUAUCAGCAGUACCAACAAAAAGAAGAAAAAGAAAAAGGGAACACUCCUCACCAAAAAGCACAAAGGACGACAGCGGCCCAAAGAAAAGGUACUAUUCUUUGUACACAUUCACAAAUCAGGUGGAACCGUUCUCUGUGCCAUGGCUCAUGCCAACAAGCUCCAUGUCAAUACCAAACACAAUUGCAACGUACAGACCAAUCAACGAUGUUGUGGAAAAUCAGAUGACAAGGAAAUCCAAACGGCAUAUGCACAACAAACACCCUACGAUCUUGUCGCUGCUGAAACACAAAUGUAUCAAGGCAUGGAUCCCACACAUUACAAUUACAUUGUCGUACUACGAAGUUCUCGGGAACGAUAUUUCUCUCAUUGGAAACACAUUCUGCGGGAUGUACCACCCCGGCGAAAACCCAUGUCUACGACACGCAAGGGAAUAGUGGGAAAGGCACAGCAUUCUUCGUUGGAAGCCGCACCGCGAUUACACUACAAACCAAAAACGGCCGAAAUGCAACAAGUCAUUGACCGUCUUUCCAAAUUUCAACAACAGUUUGAACCACAAGCACCCGUAGUGCCGCAGGAAACAACCACAAAAUUGCAGGAUCCUCUACAACACAUAUAUGAUAAGGAAGCAGCUGACAAAAAAGGAUACGGGGACGAAAAGGCCAAACCAAUGCACCACUUAACAACAACCGAUCAAGAUGUGAAAGACAAGGUGGCACAUUGGAAACAACAAGUCGCCGUGCGACAACAAGAACGAAACCAACAGCACGCCAUUGACAAUUUGGAACAAAAACGCGAUCACGAACAACGAGCUGCGGCACAUGCCCGAGAAAUGUCCAGCCACAAAAAACACCAUGAACAACGAUUGCUGCUCGAGGAAGAACCACAUCCAGAAGAGGAACCAAUUCGUGUGCGGGAUGGCGCACCCGGGGAUAAAGCCGUCAAUGAUGCCAAGGCGCGUCGUGCCAAACAUUUGGUGGCAUUGAAGCAGCAAGGAACAGAAGAAGAAGAAGAGGGCGGCGAGAAAAAGAAGCAAAAGGAUGACGAGGAGGAGGACGAAGAUGACGGAGACGACGACGAAGAAGAAGAAAAAGGAGAGCAGCAAAAGGGGGUUGACGGGAAUGAUAAAGAAGGCGACAACAAGCCCACUCCAGCGUCGACACACACGCCACAAAAACGACUCGGCCCAAAGCUCGUCAUGCCGCUCCAAACCAGACCCGAAAAACCACCCAAGAAUUUGGAACAUCCUGCUCAACACGUGCCCCUUCCUAAAAAGACGAAACCCGUCAUUGGCCAUACGUUCGAAGAGUGGUGGAGCCUUCAACCCGACAAUUGGAAUUUCCGACAGUUGUGCGGCACGCAUUGCAUGGGGGUGCCCAAGUAUCAACUGACGUUGCAGCAUUGGCAAUACACGUUGGAUCGAUUCCUGCAAUUUCACACCGUCCUGUUCUUGGAAGAUUUGCAGGAUAGCAUGGAUGUGCUCGCAGAACGAUUGAAAUGGGGACAAGCCAACAUGACGGCUGUCCAAGAGGCCGAAAAGAAGGAACGCGACCGAAAGGCUCGCAGAAAAGCGGAGGGCAAACGAGCCCGACCACUCAAAACUACGAGAAUCCCUCGUGCGACGUAUCCUCCGCUACAACCACCCAACACGACUGUCGCCUUUGCCAGUUGGGAUCCUCUCAUGUCGGCAUUGGAUGAUGCUCUGUACGAUAUUGGUAGACGCUGGGAAAAGCUCAAGCGCGAGCAAAAGGCGCCGGUUCAGUCCUUGGAGGUGGUGGCAGCGGAUGGAAGCACAACAACGGCCCCGGCGCAUGCUGGAAUGUUGUCAUCCUUGACGGCCAUGGAGAGCUUGCCAGCCGACCUCUUGAAACAUUUUGAACGCUAUUUCCGAGACGAGCCUCACAAUCAUCGUCAUCAAUGUGAGGAUGAAUGUUGUCAUCCAAUCUGUUCCAAAUGGUAA